UCUACCUACCCAUCAACACGGAAACUGACCCCGGCUCAGACGCCUUCUCCUCCAGCGGGACACUUUCACCGGUACCGCCUUCGUCUACGCCUCCUUCUCCUCGUCCCGGUCGUCCCCGGCUCUCCGUCCUCCUGGUUCCGGACCGGUCCGUUAAACCCUGAAACAUGUCGGCGGUGCAGCGGAUGAAAGUGGCGAACGAGCGGCACAGCAAGACGAUCACACAGCGGGGACACGUCCAGAAGACAUCGCGGCCUGUAAACGAUGAGAAGUCUCCGGUGGGUCCGUGGCUGCUCGCCCUGUUCGUCUUCGUGGUUUGUGGAUCAGCCAUCUUCCAGAUCAUCCAGAGCAUCAGGCAGGGCAUGUGAUGACCUCUGACCCCAGAGCCUGUCACAUGGAGGGGGGGGGGCACCAUGCACACACACACACACACACACACACACACACACACACACACACUACUUGU